CUGCUCUCGGCACGGAGCGGCUUGGAGCGGUGCGAGACGGAGCGGUCCCUCUGGGGCGGCUUCCACGAUGAGGAGCCAACUCCUGCUUCUGUCUGUGCUCCCGGUGCUCCUGGGUCCACCAGCUGCCAUGGCACAGAAGAGGAUCCAAGCAGUGUGUGAGGAUGUGCUGGAGGCUGACAUCGUGUUCCUGGUGGAUGGCUCAUCCAGCAUCGGAAGGAACAACUUCCGUGCUGUCCGUACCUUCAUGGACAAGCUGGUGGGGGCCUUUGUGCAGGCAAUGGGUGAGAAGGCAGUGCGCUUUGCCAUGGUGCAGUACAGUGAUGACCCACGGGUAGAGUUCCCAUUCUCCCGGCAUACUGAUGGCACAAGUGUCCGGAGGGCCAUACAGCAGCUGAGUUACAAGGGUGGCAACACCCGUACCGGUGCUGGCUUCCGCUACAUUGCUGACAACUUCUUUGGCCCCACACAGCGCCAACCUGGUGUCCCCCAGAUCUGCAUUCUCAUUACGGAUGGCAAGUCCCAGGAUGAUGCCGAGGGGCCAGCAGCGAAGCUGAAGAACCAGGGCAUCAAGGUCUUUGCUGUGGGUAUUAAGAAUGCUGACCACAAGGAGCUGAUCCGUGUGGCCUCAAUGCCUACAGAUGCCUUCUUCUUCUACAUUGGUGAUUUCAAGCUGCUGGACACGCUGGUGCCACUGAUGACACACAGGGUGUGCACAAGUGCUGGGGGCACCCUGCGCCUGCUGGAUGGGCCAGGCCACACUGGCCCCUCCAACCUGGAGAUCCCGGAGCAGAGCCUCAACCAUCUACGGAUCCGCUGGAGGGCAGCCAGUGGUCCCAUCACUGGCUAUCGGGUGCAGUACGUGCCACUGACAGGGCUAGGGCAGCCGAUCAUGGCAGAGAGGCAGGAGGUGAGCGUGGGGCCACAGGAGACAAGCACUGUGCUAUGGGGACUGCAUGUUGGGACAGAGUACCUGGUCACUGUCACCGCCCAGUACACCAACAGCAUCGGCGAGUCAGUGUCUGGCCGAGCAAGAACCCAAAGCCAUGCUGGCUCAACAGUGGAUUUUCACGUGGUGGAGACAGGACCAACCUUUCUGCGGUUGGCCUGGCGGCCUGGCCCUGAGCCCCCCCAGGGCUACAGCCUCAGCUAUGCUGUGCAAGGAGAACCUCAAAGGGAGAAGAGCCUGACGGGCCAGUGCACAGUCAGCCACACUCAGCAACCUGCAAGCCUGACACUGAGUAUGUGGGUGAUGCUCCGGCCCCGUUUAUGCCACAGCAGCCCACUGUCCCUGCCACCCUCACCACUCGGACACAGCAUGCUGCUGGCCUGGCACUCUGUUGAUGGUGCUACUGGCUACCGGCUCUCCUGGGCAACCCGCACAGGCAGCUGGAGGGCCCCCACAGCCACUGUGUGGCAGAGGACAGAGGCAGGUACAGACCAGACGCUGCAGACCAAUAUCCUGGGCCCCACAUCCAUCCGGGUGCUCUGGACCCGUGCCCGUGAUGCUCAUGGCUACCGUCUGGAGUGGAAGAGCGCCACAGGACCAGAGCCCUACAGAACGGUGUCUCUCCCCAGCAGCACCAAUACUUACCAGCUAAUGGGGCUGAAGCCAGGCACUAAGUACCGCAUCACCCUCUACACACUCUAUGAUAGUGGGGAGGUGGCCACCCCUGUCACCACCUUUCAGACAAGCAUGGAGGCACCUGUGGCUGCUGUGUCAGACCUGCGGCUUGUUGAGGAAUCGGGCAGGCGGGUACAGCUGAGCUGGACUGGUAUCCCUGGUGCAACAGAGUACAAAGUGAUUGUCCGCAACAACCAGGAUGGCACGGAGAGGACAAGGCACAUCCCAGGCAGCCAGACGGGCCUGGAGCUUGGUGACCUCCAGGAGGGUAUCACCUACCUGGUGCGUGUCUCGGCACUAGCAGGCAGUCAGGAGGGCAAUGCUGCUAUGCUCACCAUCCGCCUCAGGCUGAAGAAAUCACGCCUCCUCCCUGCUGACCCCACCUCUUUCACCAUCGAGGGCUGCACACCAACACUGUCUACACUGUUGGUGUCUCAGCCAUUGUGGAUGGCCGUGAGGGCAGCCCUGUCACUAGCCACGGGACGGAUAGUGCCGGAGCAGGUGGGGAAGGUGACCCAGCUGGAGGUGCAGGCAUCCAGGAGCAAUGUUGCCCGUGUCACUUGGGUCGGUGUGCCGGAAGCUACUGCCUACAAUGUGGUGUGGAGCCGCAGGGAUGGGAGUUCAGAGAAUAGCCAGCAAGUUCCUGGCCACAUCAACUCCUUUGAAAUCCCCAAUCUGGAGGGAGGCGUCUCCUACACUGUGAAGGUGACAGCACUAAUUGGCAACCGGGAAGGCAAUCCUGUCUCUGUUGUCGUCACAACCCCAGAGACAGUCCCCCUACACCCUGUCAGUGGCUUCCAGGUGACCGAGGCCUCAGAGCACACCCUGCGCCUGACCUGGCUGCCAGUGGCUGGCAGCACCGGAUACCGCCUGUUCUGGCGCCUGGCUGAAGGGCCCCAGCAUAGCCAGCAGCUCCCAGCCACCUUCAGCAGAUCUUAUGAUCUGUCGGGACUGGAACCAGGCCGGCGCUACCAUAUCAGCAUCACCAGCCUGUCUGGCAGCCGAGAGAGUGAGCCAGCCACCAUCACUGCCAUCACCACUGCCCCAAGCCACAUCACCAGCCUGCGGGUGACAGAGGUGCAGAGAGAUUCGUUGACUCUUGCCUGGACCCCAGUCCAUGGUGCCUCGGCUAUGUCCUCUCCUGGAGCCCUCCCGGAGGCUGGUGGGGAGAAGGAGCGGACGUUGCCCAGCACUGUCAGCUCCCAGCAGGUCUCUGGGCUGCGCCUGGGCCAGCACUACACCUUCACCCUCCGCCCACUCCUGGGGAGUGCACCAGGUGCCGAGGUGUUUGUCAGUGAGCGCACAGCUACCGCAGCCUACCCUGGCUUGCUCCUGAACCGCUCCAGUGACCUGCCAACUGUGCUGGAACAGAUCCGUACCAUGCGCUAUGAGGAGCCCAGCGGGGCAGCCAUCACCUUUGCCAGGACCUACCUGCUGAGUCCUGGUGCAGGGCGCCGUCCUGGGGUACCAGCAGUGCUGGUGGUUCUGGCUGACACCCCUUCUGGGGAUGAUGCCAUCACUGUGGCCAGGGAUGUCAAGGCUGGGGGGGUCCAGGUGCUGGCAGUGGGCAUGGAGGGGGCAGACCGGGAGCAGCUCCGGCGCAUGGUCACCACUGAGGACCAACGGUACAUCUACCAUGGCAGCAACCUGGCAGAGCUGGAGGGAGAGCUCAUUGAUGACCUCUGCACCAUCAUCUCCACCAUGCCAGUGCUGAAGCCAAAGCCCUGCACUGUGCAGUGCCCCAAGGGCGAGAAAGGAGACCGCGGACCACCAGGGCCACAGGGUCCAUCAGGAGAGAGUGCCAAGAGUCUGGGCAAGAAGGGGGACAGGGGAGAGCCCAGGGUGAUCACAGAUAGAGAACAGGGACUACCAGGCCAGAAAGGGGAGCCAGGUGUACCGGGAGAAAAGGGUGACCAAGGGGAAAGGGGUCCUCAGGGACUGCCGGGGGAGCAGGGCAGGAAGGGGGACCGUGGGGCACCAGGCGAGCUGGGAGAGACGGGCAAGAAGGGUGACCCAGGAGAGCCUGGGGAGAAGGGGGGAGCCAGGCCGAGCAGGCACUCCUGGGCAGAUCGGAAUGCGAGGGAGAGCGAGGAGAGAAAGGUGAUGAAGGCACCCCGGGGUCCCCGGGGCCUUCCUGGCUACCGUGGCCCCCCCGGAGAGAAGGGUGACUUGGGGGACCCAGGACCUGGAGGCAGGAAUGGCAGCCCUGGAGCACCAGGGAGCAAGGGUGAUCGUGGGGACCCGGGGCCUCCUGGACCCCCAGGACGAACUGUCGAUGUUGGGCUCGGAGGAGUGGGAGGAAAGGGUGAGAAGGGGGACCCAGGCAAGAAUGGUGCGAAGGGUGCCCGGGGUGAUGCCGGCUCACCUGGAGUGCCUGGAGAGAGGGGUGUGGAGGGCCCCCGUGGCCCCCCUGGCACACAGGGUGACCCUGGGGACCGAGGCCUGCCAGGAGAGAAGGGGGACCGUGGCCCACCAGGGUUGGAUGGCCGCAAUGGCCUGGAAGGCAAACCUGCCCCAGGGCCUGCUGGGCUGCGGGGGGAUGCAGGAAAGCAAGGAGAUCCUGGCCGGGAUGGACUGCCUGGGCGGCAUGGGGAGCAGGGACCACCUGGCCCGAUGGGUCCCCUGGGACCACCCGGUGUGCCUGGCAAACCCGGUGAGGAUGGCAAACCUGGCCUGAACGGCAAGAAUGGAGAAGAUGGGACACCAGGAGAGGAUGGGAGAAAGGGAGACAAAGGUGAUACAGGACUACCUGGGAGAGAGGGCCACAGUGGUGCCAAGGGUGAGCAGGGGGACAGAGGUGUGCCAGGCCCACUCGGCCCCCCUGGCCUCCCUGGUGUCCCAGGGCAGGUUGGCCCCCCAGGCCAGGGCUCCCCAGGCCUCCGUGGGAUGGCUGGACCAAAGGGGGACCCAGGGGAGCCUGGACUGCGAGGGGAGCCGGGGCAACCUGGCAACCCUGGAGCACGUGGAGACCCUGGGACUACAGUGAACAUUGAACGUAGCCUGGAAGCGCUUGGCAUCAAGGUUUCAUCCCUGAAGGAGCUCACGGGUGCCUAUGAUGGGAGCUCAGACUCGUUUCUGCUGGUGUCUGAGCGGCUGCGGGGCCAGAAGGGCAGUCGGGGGGGAUCCAGGAGAAAGGGGGCCCCCAGGCCGAGAGGUGCAGCUUAUGUUUUGCAGGGCUCCUUAGGCUUCCCUGGCGAGCGAGGACCCAAAGGUGACAAGGGCGACCCAGGUACCCCUGGCCCCCAGGGCCCCAUGGGCCGGGCCAUGGGUGAGCGGGGUCCCGAGGGCCCGCCUGGGCAGCCAGGAGAGCCUGGCAAGCCAGGCAUUCCAGGGGUGCCGGGCCGGGCUGGGGAGCUGGGGGAAUCCGGGAGGUCCGGCGAGAAAGGUGAGUGUGUUGUGGAGGGUGACCGCGGUGAGAAGGGUGACCGAGGUGAGCAGGGAAGGGAUGGCUUGCCUGGACCCCCAGGGCCCCCAGGGCCCAAGGUGGACGUGGUGGAGGGCAGCCUGAUGGGACUCCCAGGCGAACGUGGCCCCUUUGGACCCAAAGGAUCGAAGGGUGAGCCAGGAGCUGAGGGUGAGCGGGGACCCAAAGGAGAUAAGGGUGAAGCUGGCUUGAGGGGUGACCGAGGGGAGCCUGGUGAGAAGGGCAGGGAUGGUGCCCAGGGUCUCCCGGGUGAGAGAGGACUGGCAGGCCCUGAGGGGAAGCCGGGCUUGCCAGGCUUUCCUGGCGUGCUGGGACGCCCGGGCAAUCAGGGAGACCCAGGACCCCCAGGACCUCAGGGCAGCACUGGCCCACCAGGGACCCAGGGCCCAGCUGGUGCCAAGGGUGAUCCAGGGGAACCUGGCUCCAGCAUCCGUGGCUUGCCUGGCCCCCAGGGCAACAUGGGCCUGCCAGGACCCCUUGGCCCCCCUGGCCCAGGGGGCCCACCGGGUGUCCCUGGGCUGCCGGGACAAGUGGGGGAGAGCGGGAAGCCGGGUGUGCCAGGCAGGGAUGGUGUGCCAGGGAAGGACGGUCAGGCAGGAAUGCCUGGGAAGAUGGGCUUACCGGGACCUUUGGGGCCUGCUGGUCCCAAGGGAGAGCGAGGGGAUGCUGGAGCUCCAGGGCAGGCCAUUGCUGGCCCCCCUGGAGCCAAGGGAGAGAAGGGUGAGCCGGUGCUGCUGGAGGGUGUGCUGCUGGGAAAGCCUGGCUCCAAGGGUGACCGAGGCUUGCCAGGCCCCAAGGGUGAGAAGGGGGAGCCAGGAAGGUUUGGAGAGCCAGGAGAUCCUGGGGAAGAUGGAGCCAAGGGAUCCUCUGGAGCCAAAGGGGAGAAGGGAUCACUGGGUGUCGGUGCACGGGGACCACCAGGACAGGAUGGGCCUCCAGGUUUGAAGGGUGAUACUGGCUUGCCAGGAUUACCAGGACCCCCAGGCUUAGCAGGGAUUGCUGGGAUGCCAGGACAGCCAGGCCUGAGAGGGGACAAUGGACCACCUGGCCCUCCAGGUCCCCCAGGAGAGAGGGGUUUGAUCGGCUUUCCAGGCAGGGAUGGCACUACUGGACCACCGGGACCUGUAGGGCCCCCAGGGCCAGCUGGUAUACAAGGGGCCCCUGGCCUGAAGGGUGACAAGGGCGCUCUUGGGGCAGGGCUGCCAGGAGCUAGAGGUGAACGUGGUGACCCAGGACCACGGGGUGAAGAUGGGCGCCCAGGGCCAGAAGGAGAUCGUGGGCCAGCAGGCUUGCCUGGGAGCCGAGGGGAGCGUGGGGACAAGGGAGACCUUGGGGCCCCAGGACCCAAAGGAGACAAGGGUGAUACUGUGGUUGUGGAGGGGCCAGCUGGAGCACGGGGCAGCAAGGGCGAGCCGGGAGAGCGUGGCCUGAAGGGCACAGAAGGGGACAAAGGGAACAAGGGGGAGCAAGGCAUGCUCGGAGAGAAGGGCAUAAGGGGUGAACAAGGAGAGAAGGGGUCCAUGGGCUUCCCUGGGGCACGCGGCCCUAGCGGGCAGAAGGGAGAGGCUGGAGCACCAGGAGAGCCUGGUGAGCCAGGUCAGCCUGGCCGUGAUGGGAUCCCUGGGGCCCGGGGAGAGAAGGGGGACAUGGGACCCCUGGGCAUGCGUGGCCUCAAGGGUGACCGGGGCAUGAAAGGUGCCUGUGGCCUCAAUGGGGGCAAGGGCGAGAAGGGAGAGCCAGGGAUCCCAGGGCGCUCAGGACUGUCAGGGAGGAAAGGCGAGCCGGGAGAUCUGGGUCUGUCAGGACCACCAGGCAUUCCUGGAAAGGAAGGGCUUAUGGGACCCAAGGGUGACCGAGGAUUUGAUGGGCAACAGGGAGCCAAAGGAGACCAGGGGGAGAAAGGAGACCGGGGUGCCCCGGGUGUUAUGGGUGGCCCUGGUCCCCGGGGCAGUGAUGGUGCUCCUGGCCCACCUGGGCCCUCAGGGAGCAUUGGCCCACGAGGUCCUGAGGGCAUGCAGGGCCAGAAGGGGGAGAGAGGCCCCCCUGGACAGUCAAUGCCAGGUGCACGUGGUGUGCCUGGCAUCCCCGGUGAGAGAGGAGAGCAGGGCAGUCCUGGCACCCAUGGGCUCCGUGGGGAGAAGGGGGAGCCAGGCAUGACGGAGGAGGAGAUCCGUGGCUUUGUCAGGCAGGAGAUGAGCCAACACUGUGCCUGUGGUGGUGACUUUCCACACUACCAGGAUUCACGUGAUCACUCAGGAGGCUGGGGGGCUCAGGCCAGGAGCAGCUUCCACUCUGCCCAGGGAGUCGGAAGAAUCGUCCGCCAAGAGAGAGAGCAUGACCAAACAGGGUCCUUCUCCCCUCAGCCGUUCCCUCCUGGCAGCACUCACAUAGUCCCUGUGCUCAAGCUGUCACACACUGAGGAGGAUGAGGGCCAGGACAGGCAGAUCAUGCUCGACAAUGAUGACCUGGAGUAUGACAGCAUGGAUGGAGAGGAGGAGGAUUAUGAUGCAGUCCCAGAGGUGGACAGCCUGGAGCAGCCCACAGUGGAUGCUGAGCCCUGCAGGCUGCCGCUGGAUGAGGGGGACUGCCAGCGCUACACCCUGCGGUGGUACUACAACCAAAGAGUCACCGAGUGCCGGCCCUUUGUCUAUAGUGGUUGCCAGGGCAACCUCAACCGAUUCGACAGCAAGGAGGAGUGUGAGCUGCACUGUAGGCGGCACCCAGGGGCAGAUUCCCAUGGCAGUGCCGGCAGCAAGGUGGGAGGGCAGCCAAAGAUGUAGGUGCAGGCAGUGUAUUGGCAGGCAGGGCUGCCUGGAAGUAGGGCCCAGCUGCCACCCUGGCCAGGGCUGGGUUGCCCAUGGUGGCAGUGCCCAUGUACCCACUAGCCCCAGCAGGAACCUGGUGCUAUUUCUAACCUGUCUUUAUGCUGCUCAUGGGUUUUCAUUUCAUAUCAAUAUAUUGUCAUUAAGGUGAAAUUUAUAUCACAUGGGAAACUGCCUCCCACCAAGGCUCUGAAACCCCCUUUCCCACUGGGCUGUUCUCAGUUUGAUUUUUAAAUUAUUUGUUGCCAACAGAAUGGUUCUUAGCCCUAUUCCCUCUCUCUGGAAGCAGAGCUGGGACUUGGCACAGUUGGGCUCCCUACCAUCCCAUAAUACCCUUGUACCCUUUCCUGCCCCACACAGACCCCCAAACACCUUCUCUUGCUCCCCACUCUCUGCUGGGAGAGCUGCCCACAUCCUUGUGCCUCCCUGCACAACAUCUGUCACCCCCACCCUGCAAUAAGCUUCAUCUGAAUAAAUUUCACCUUAACCUCAACUACGGCCCAGUUCCCCUUUUGUGGCUGCUGUGGUUUGGCAAUGACCUGUGGGGAGACUGGAGGCUUUUGCCAUGUGCUACCCUCCAGAUCACAUGCCUGCCAGCAGCACACAUGUCUUUAAUCCGGGGGAUCUCACCUGCAUCCCCAGCUUGUCAGGGAAACCCUGAGGAUGGUGCUAUGUUAGAAGAGGUUCCUGCUUGCCCAUGCUUCUCUCAAAGGCUUUUUGAAAGUGAGGUUGGCUGCCAGGGUCACAGCCCCUGCUUGCCCCCAUCCCCAAGGCUGAGUAGAGACAUGCCCUUCACUGCCCCAGAGCCCCAGGUGCAGCUGGGUGAGCUUUGUGGCCCCCACACUUACUGCUGUUCUCUCUGUAUAUCUAUAUACACCAAAAGUAUAUGUGUACCAAUGCAGUGUAUUA